AUGGUAUCGCGAAAGCGAGCUCACUCCGAAAUGGAGACGGCAACACCCAAAAAGGAGCAGCCAGCUGCAGAAGAGCCAAGUCUAUUGCAACGCAUUCGCAACUGUUGGGAAUUCGCGUCGUUGAUGCAGUAUAUCUUCUUUUUCGGGAAGCUUAUGAAGAUCGAUGAGGAUUUGGGGAUUGAAGAUCUGGAAAUGGAAUGUCUCAAGCCCGAACCCUCCGAGAAACUGAUGGAGAUUGGAUUGUCGCUGCUUAAAUUCGUCUCAUCGCAUCGCGGAUUAACAUUCGACAAUUUCGAUGAAUAUACGCGUCGCCAAUACAACGCCAAAGCCCCUCAACUCGUCAACCCCUUCGGAUACGACGAGGAACCGAAUAAAUUUAGAGAUUUUGAUGUGUUUUUGAAGCUGAAGGUUUUGCAUCAAUUAUCGCUCUGGACGCUGUGGAAUCCUGAUCGCAUUCGGGAAAAGAUGCCCGAGCAGCGGGAAAUAGAUCAGACGCAAUGGAGAAUCGAAGAGUUUGGCUGGGAUAGUAAAGACCGAAUCUACUACGUCUUAGAUGACAAUCGGCUAUACCGUCGCACCGAUCCUCCUAUUCCUCCGCCGGCGCCGGCUAAACCCAAGGCGAACUCGAAGAAGGGUCGAGCCGCCGCCAGAGCCGCGAAACGCAGAAGACUGUCCACCAAAGUCGAAGAAGACGAUGAAGAUGCUACUGAGAGUGAAAAGACCUCGGCUGAAACCCCAGCGGCCGAGUAUAAAUGGGAGUGUCUUGCGACCAAUCUGGCCGAAUAUCAAGCAUUCCUUGAUACCUUACAAAAGACUAGAGACCCGAAUGAAAAGUCACUUCGAGAUCGUAUUGUGGAAGGAGUCUUGCCCAUCGUUGGAAGAGCAGCAGAGGCAGAAGAACGCAAACGUCAAAAGCGAGAGAAGGAGUUGUUCAAUUUGCAGUUACUAGCUGGCGCCAAACGGUCUAGCCGUCUCGCCGAAAAAUUGGACAAGGAGCGACGCGACAGAGAAGCCAUGGAGGCAGCUCGCAAGCGCGAACAGGAACUGGCCGCUGCACGCAAGGAAAUGGAAAUGCAACGCAAGAUGGAGAAGGAACGACAGAACCGUAUCAUGACCCGUGAGCGUCGUAUUCAGGAGAGAGAAGCCAAACGUAUCCUACACGAGGAGGAAAUGGCUCGUUUAGAGGAGGAACAGAAAAAACUCGAGUCUGGAGAGGCUCGAGUGUCGGAAAGACAUCUCAAGGCUGAGUUGGAUAAACGGAAGAAAGAAAUGGAAGAGCUCGCGGAGGAGGAUCAGUGGAUUUUCGAUUGUUCUGGUUGUGGUGUUCAUGGUGAAAAUAUUGAUGACGGUUCGCAUUGCGUGGCUUGCGAGCGUUGCAACGUCUGGCAACACAGCAAGUGCUUGGGUAUCUCUCAACAAGACGCCGAGAAGGACGACUUUCACUUUGUCUGCGCCGAUUGCAAACGUAAAGAAGAGGAAGCCAACCGACCAAAGAUACCUCCUUUGAAAUUCCGUAUUGGAUCAGCUUCGCCAGCAGCUACCGCACCUGCCAUGAAAAAGGAAGGAGAACAGAGCCCAUUGGCGUCGAAAGUCUCUCUGCCUACACUGUCAAACGUGACAGGCUUCCCUCAGCAAUCGACAAUCCCACCGGCUCAACCACAAUUCAACGGGGGCCCACCAGUAUCUCCUGAACGUCGUUUUUACCCCAUUACCAAUGGAUUUCCAGCACCUGGAUCACCAUCCAAGGCGAGUGUCGGUCCUGCAUCCUCGCCGUUGAGCUCUCUACCUAAGCCUGCGUACAUUCCACGACAGGAACCUGCACAGAACUCAACAGCCGCUUUGCAAGGAAUUCUUUCCGGCAACCCCUUAUCUCACCGCCCAUCAUCAUCGCACUCGUCGCCCAUUCAAAAUCGCCCGUCAAUGUCGCCUACCCAAGGAAACCGUGAUGUCGGACCUUUGGCCGGGUUUCCUCCAUCAACCAUUCCCAACGGGUCUCUUCCAUCGACACCAUACGGACAACAUCGCCCAAUCGCCCGACCCCAGGAUCGAGGCGUCCCGUCCUUUUCAUCCAGCAUAGACCAGCGCACGACUUCAUUCUCCGAGUCCUUCGCCCCCCACCACACUCCACCGCCCCCAGGCUCUCAAAAUAACAAUAACUUGGCUCUAUCCGGUCUCAGCCCGACCAAGAACGACUCACCGCGGCCCGUGACAGCGAGCAGCGUCAGCAGCGCCUCGAUCCUCCCUCCAAUCCACAGACUCGAGCCCAGUCCCAAACUCAUGGGCCGUAGUUCCGUGGACGCCCCGAUCCCACCUCCCGUCAAAAUGAUGACCCCGGAGCAAGAGGGACGUCGACAGCUCGAGAACCAGUUGGCAAGUAACACGACCCUACCACCACUGUCAUCUUGGAACACCCCAUCUUCGAAUAAUAAUAUACAACCACCACUCGACCCAGCCCCGAAUACGCAGAACCAGAAUAAUAGCAUGAACGGGCAUUAA